CACCAUUAACAUCAUAUUCUCCACCUCUCAUCACCAUCCCUAUCCUUUCUCCUUUAUAUAUUAUAUAUAGAUAUAUAGAUGUGAUGUUCUUAAGAUGUUAGCAUUGGCAAACAUAGUGUUAAUGAAACCAUCCAAAUGGUUGUACAAGAAGAGCAUGAAGCUCACAAGAGGACAAGCAUGCAAAAGCAUACAACCAAACAAAUGGAAAGAACACAAAAGAAACAAAGUAGAACAACUUCAACAAGUGUUUCAGUAUUUGGACAAUGAUAAAGAUGGGAAGAUCUCAGCUGAAGAGAUUCAAAGGUUUUUUGCAGGAGUUGGUGAAGAAGUUCCAGUGAAGGUUGCAAAGGCUGCCAUUGAUGGACUUGAUUCAGGAGGUGAUGGGAAGCUAGAGUUUGAGGACUUUGUUGCUUUAAUGGAGAUGAAGAGGAAUGGAAGUAGUGAUGGUGAUGGUGAUGGCGAUGAUGAUGAGGUGUUGAAGAUGGCUUUUGAGGUGUUUGAAGGAAGGGGAGAAGGGAUCAGAGGGAGGAUUACUGCUGAGGGGUUGCAGAAGGUGCUAAGAAGGGUCGGGGAGGAGAAGUCUUUGAGGGAGUGUAAGGCCAUGAUAACAGCUUAUGAUCUUGAUGGUAAUGGUGAGAUUGACUUUCAUGAGUUUCAUUGCAUGAUGACUUUACUUUGAACUUUUCACUGCUUGUGAUUAUUGAAAUUACAAGUUGUACUUGCAUGCUUUUAAUUUAUGUGUGUGUUGUGUGUGUCUAUAAUAUAAUAUAUAUAUAUAUAGAGAGAGAGAGAGAGAGAGAGAGAGAGAGAGAGAGAAGCUUAUACAUGUACUUGUAUUUGAAAUAUGUAUAUAGUUAUAUAGUUAUAUAUGAAGGAAAGUAUUUAUCUCA